UUUUUCACAGAGUACGGCGGCACAGAUAAGAAUAAACUGUGUGCAAUUAGAGAAAUAUGCUGUUAAUUCCAGACCAUCGUCGGAAUUGAAUAUAGGCUACUUCAGAACCACGGACAGCAACACACUGUGUGUUUUAGGUUUUGUGAUCUCAAUAGUGCACGAUAUAUUAAAUAAAUGGGGGUGAUUAAGGAAACUAGGUGCAAAACAUACCCAAGACAGACCUCAUAUACAUAUAUUGUUCUGUUUUUGCUGCUUUUAACCCCCCCUGUAAGAUUCUUUUACAACACACACAGGCCAGAUGAGGUUGUAACGGGUUUAUUGGAGUGAUAUUCGACUAGUAGAGCAUAGGUAAAUCUAUCACAUGAUUGCUGCGGCCGCUCUGUGCUCCGUGUCUCUUCCUGAACAGAAGGCAGUAGCAGCAGCUGGGGCUCCAUGUAAACACGCCGCGCGCAGGGCUUUGUUUCACACACACUCACUCCGCAGGUAUCUUCCCUCUAGUCAUGCCAUGGAUAUUUUGUGGCAAUACCAGUUCCGAAUCAUUCUACUCGGGGAUUCCACAGUGGGCAAGUCCUCGCUGUUGAAGCGUUUCACGGAUGGAAUUUACAGCGAUGUGGCGGACCCGACGGUCGGGGUUGAUUUUUAUGCCCGCUCGCUUGACAUCGAACCCGGGGUGAAAAUAAAGCUCCAGCUCUGGGACACGGCUGGCCAGGAACGAUUCAGGUCUAUCACAACAUCAUAUUACCGCAACUCUGUAGGUGGCCUGCUUGUCUUUGAUCUCACCAAUCGUAAAACCUUCGACCAUGUGAGGGAAUGGCACAAGGAGGUGAGUGAGCACAUCCUGCCUCACCACAUGGUCUACAUCCUCAUCGGCCAUAAGAGUGACCUCAACAAGGACCGGAAGGUGAGCAGGGAUGAGGCAGAGCAGCUGGCCGCUGAGCUGGGCAUUCGCUAUGUGGAGACAUCGGCCAAAUGCAACAGCAAUGUGGACCGGGCCUUUGAGCUGCUGACCAGGGACAUCUACGAGCUGAUGAAGAUGGGGGAGAUCGUCACCCGUGAUGGGUGGGAUGGCGUGAAGAGUGGCCUCACUGCCAAGGUUCUCUACUCUGCAGAGGAUGAAGAGGAGCUGGCCCCUCCAUCAGCUGAAAAAAGCUGCCACUGCUGACUGAGAAGUCUUUGUGUUCCAACACUAUCCUGUCACACCAAGAGCUCACUUUGUCUCACAGCCGAUCAUCAAAACCAAAUCACUGAGGCUUAGCACCCUGUGAUAUCACCAUCCAUCACUUCCUCACCUUGUGCUUUGUGCCCUCUCUGUGUUGAUUUUUCGGACCACUGGGAUUAUUUUCAAUCAGGAUGCUAGAGUAAAUACCGAUGUGUACCUGUUGGGAAAGUAUUGUAUUGUUAAUUUGAUAUGAUGUAGCAUGAGUCGAGCUGUUUUGAGCCUCAUCUUGCUCAAGAAAAAAAAACAAAACAGAAAGCAUGCCAAUGUGAUCAGGUCUUGUUGCUUAAAGUGUAGCCAGUACUCCUUUUUUAUAACAAUGGAGCUAAAUGACUACUGAGCAUAAGAAAGUACAUGUGGACUAUUAUGGUCUGGUAUCAUCCACAUUUCAUAUGGUAUUAUUAUGGGUUUCUACUUGUCAAAAGUUUGUGCAAUGCUUUGCCUGCAGUCUUAAGUGGCUGUAACAUUGUAAAUAAUAGUUAAAUCUAUAAAGAUGAGAGCUAAAGGUGACUGAAAGCUAUUUAAUUCAUAGUGUGAACAGACACAGUGCACUCUGCAAUAAGUGUCACUAUAUUAAAUCAAUGUGCUCCUCCUGCUACUGUAAGCUGUGUGUGCACUUAUGCCAAAUUGACCUUUGACCAUUCUGUGAAUAGAUUAAUAAUGUUUUUUUUGUAAAAAGGUAGAGAUUAUUUGUAGUAAAAGUGUAUACAUAAACAUAGAUUAUUGUAAUUAGACUAAGUGUAAUAUACGACAUCCACAAUAGCAGUAAGUGGCAAUGCGAGAAAAGGGAGUUUAAGGUCUAAAUAUGCCCCAUUGAUAUAGACAUAGACGAUAUACACAGCAAAAGCUAAUGAGCUUUGAUAUGUUUAUUGCAGGCCUCUUAACUGGCUUUAAUUCAGCUUAUCUAGGCCAUCAGCUCAGCAAAUGUCAUAUCAUGAAACCAUGACAUACUGUCAUUUUGCGUCUUUUUUUUUUUCAUUUUCUUUUUGCUGUACAAAUGAACCUGAUAAAAUUCUUUGUAGGGCCUUAAAAGUGCGUAGAGAAUUAGAGAAAAGCUCUAGCCUAGCUUAGCAUAAAGAAUUGAGAGUAAUAACAUGUUUAAGCAAAUUAAUUUUAUGUUUAAAUUCAUGGUUGCCAAAGUGUGGCCUGUGGGACAGUGGUGGCCGCUGGUAACGUUCUGUGGCUGGGUCAAAACAGAAUGAAACAAAGCGACCAUUUGUUGUUGAUUUUUGUUCUGGACAGCUAUAUAAAACAAAGUUACAGUUGUUGUCAAGACAUGUAACAGCCACAAUUUCAAUUACCAACUUAUAACUCCUCCCUCUGAACACCAACUUAAAGGGUUUGUGUGCAUUUUUCCUGUACCUGUAUCACUUGUCUGCUGGUUCCCUAAAUUGGCACUUUCUUGUUUAAACCAUGUCUGAAAAGCCACUAAAACCUGUAGUUACCAAGUUUAUCUAUUACUCUUCAACAGCUGGAGGCACUCAACCAGUUAAGUUGUUAAUACACAACUGUUUUCCAAACACUUUCCGAAUAUAAGUGUUUUGUUUUUAUUGUUUUUAUGAUGUUUUUAGACCUGUUAUGUAAAUGUGACAAAGGAAUUUUUCAUUAUCAAUUUUCAAAAGAUAAUUUUAGGCACAUAAAUAUAAUUCUAAACAACAGUUCAGAGCUGCACUACACCUACACCCAAAGUCAUUGAAAUUCCUUGUUAGCUAACAAAUGUCAUCAAAUUUUUGUUGUGACUUUAGUUUCUCUUUGCUGGCUGGAAACACUCAACAACUCCCUCCAGAAUCACUGCUGAAUUAUUAAUAAGAAAAAUGAGUUAGAUUUUUUUAAAGCACAAAUUUAACAAGGAAGAUAAGCUGUGCACUUUAGAGGUGCUAGUAUUGCUAGCUAUUGCAAUAGCUGUCACUCCUGCUUCCAGUCUUCAUGCUGAGUUUGCCUAGUUUGCCUCUUUGGUCUCCACAUAUCAGAAUCCAUCUUUUCAGGAAAAUCCUAAAAGAAAGUUAAAUGUAUUUUUUUUAAAGGGCUACAGUAGUAGGCUAUUUUAUUUUAGACCUGUUAUGUGAGUAUAACAAAGGAAAUCCCUUUUAUCAAUGUUCAAAAGCAGAAUUUUUACCAAACUAAAUAUAAUUAAAAAGUGCAACGCUAUGCCCUGCAGUUAAUCUUUUGCAGUUAAGCUCACAUUCUUUGUUAACUAACUAAUGUAUUGUAGAUUUUAUUCAGCUGUAUUGGAGAGUGAGUGGGUGUCUGCACACAUGACUUCCAAAACCUGCAGUGAAUACCUUUAACAAAGAGGAUCACAAAUUCCUUUAAGGCUCUAGAGGCUAAUAAUUUGCUGCUUGCAAGCCUGGACCUUGUUGCCAGUUACAGUUUGCUUUCCCUGGGACUUCUACAACACACACUACACUGUAAACGGCAAGAAAAUAUGCAUUCUAAUGUUUUUACUUAGCAUUCAUGUGACCAGUCUGACACUUCUUUUUCAUUUGUCUGAACCAGUUAAUAAAGUGUACAUCACGUGGUUGCAGCUUAGUAUUUGACAAGGAAUGUAUUCUAAAGCAUUUUUACUCCCUUUUCAUUUUUUAUUUAUUGUUUUGCACUAAUUCAAACUGCAUUUUUUUUUCCUGGUGAAAGUCUGCGUUUGUUUGACAAUCAAAUGUUAUCAUUUUGAGUUCUUGGUAUAAGUGAGGAAUACAGUGUUGGGGUGGCAAGCCUUAAAAUCGUGCUGAAUGAAAACCAACCAGUCUGUACAACUACCUGUCUCACUUUUGCCUCUAAUCUAAACAGGGUUACAUUGCAUUGUAUAAUACUGUGUGUUAGCACUGUGGUGUAAGCAUUACUGACAACUGCAGGCUCAUGUAGGCGGGAGGAAAACACUGGAAAGACAGGAAGAAGUAUUAUUUUGAAAGAUUGACUCUAUGGGACAAAAAGACCAAUUGAAAACUAUAUACCCAACAGCACAAAAAAUAUGAAACAUUUCCAUCUUAUUUGUAAUCUUAUAAGCUAUACCAAUACAUCUGCAGUGACUGUAAGUUGUAAUAUUACUACAAUGAAGGUGAAUAACUAACUUUCA